AUGUCUGAGACCUCAUCUAACAAGGAGGGUGCCCCGGCUGAGUGUCCCGUGUGCUAUGAGAAGUUUCCCCCCCUGGAGGCCACGCACCGCAGGCUCAGCUGUGGACACACCUUCUGCCACGACUGCCUGGUGAAAUGUUUGCUCUCCACCAAGCUCCACGGCCAAGUCCAGAACAGCAUCAUCUGCCCCGUCUGUCGCUACGUGACUUUCCUCAGCAAGAAGAAGGCUUUGUGGCCACCCAAGGCAAGCGCCGACCCCCGGACUCUAGAGAUGCCACUGUCACCUUCCUCCUUGUCCCAGCUGACCAAAACGGAGGCCAGCAACACCUUGGUGGUGCCCAGUCAUUUUGUGAUGCCCAUCCAGAGCUCGGAGCGGUGCUGCAGCACGGGGAGCAGCCCCGUGGGCUGGCAGGGAGAGCUGGUGAGGGAAGCCCACAUCUUUGUCAUCAGUGACCAUGGGAUGCCACUGGUGGACACGGACUGCAGGUCCCUGGGGAGGAGAAGCGGGUCGGAAACACGGAGCUCCAUGUCCUUGUCAUCCAGCAUGGCCCUGGGGGUGAAAUGCUGCCAGUCACCCAUCGCCCUGGCUGUCUUCCUCAUCCUGACCCUGGCCAUGCUGGCAGCCGUGCUCCCGUGGCUGCUGCUGGUGAAGAGGGACUCGUAG